UCCUUGUAGCAUUAUCACUGAAUAGACGAAGGUACAAGUUACGUUUGUUUCUCUCUCCAGAUCUGUUUAACUUCUCACUUCUCACGCGUUUGAAAUGUCCCACAAACUUUCCUUACUUCUCAAACAUUGACAAUGUCGUGCUGAAUUACUGCAUCUUUUCUUACUUCUCCUCUCUGCAGCUUCAUUUUCUGCAAGAUGGAUCCGUCGCCAUUGCUGUUUAGCCACCUCAAGACUGCAGACCCGUUCUUCCUGCUAGCGGGACCUAAUGUGAUUGAAUCAGAGGAUCACAUUCUGCGGAUGGCUAAGCACGUCAAAAGCAUUGCAUCUGAAGUUGGAAUACCUUUGGUUUUCAAGUCAAGCUUUGACAAAGCUAACCGAACAUCAUCAAAAUCAUUUCGUGGCCCGGGGAUGGUUGAGGGAUUAAAGAUACUCGAGAAGGUUAAAAUAGCUUAUGACAUCCCUAUAGUGACAGAUGUGCAUGAGACCACCCAGUGUGAAGCAGUUGGCAGAGUUGCAGAUAUCAUUCAGAUUCCCGCAUUCCUGUGUCGCCAAACAGAUCUUCUAGUUGCAGCAGCCAAAACUGGGAAAAUUAUCAACAUUAAGAAGGGCCAGUUCUGUGCUCCUUCUGUCAUGGCAAAUUCAGCUGAAAAGGUUCGGUUAGCUGGAAAUCCUAAUGUGAUGGUUUGUGAGAGAGGAACAAUGUUUGGAUACAAUGAUUUGAUUGUUGAUCCACGUAACUUGGAGUGGAUGAGAGAAGCCAAUUGUCCCAUUGUAGCUGAUAUAACACAUUCGCUACAACAGCCUGCUGGAAAGAAGUUGGAUGGGGGAGGUGUUGCAAGUGGAGGUCUUCGAGAACUAAUACCUUGCAUUGCAAGGACAGCAGUUGCCGUUGGAGUGGAUGGGAUCUUCAUGGAGGUGCAUGAUGAUCCACUGAAUGCUCCUGUUGAUGGACCAACACAGUGGCCUUUGCGCCAUUUGAAGGAGCUGCUUGAGGAGCUUGUAGCUAUUGCUAAGGUAAGCAAAGGGAAGCAACAGUUCAAAAUUGACCUCACGCCAUUUCGUGAAUGAUGGUGAUGGCUUUCGGUCGUGCUGAAUAUGAUUAUGUGAGUUUUGAUCUUUUAAGAUUGCUCAAGGUUGAAUCUAUGCUUGUUACUCUGAAGGGGUAACAGCACCAACUAAUGUUGGUCAAAUAUCAUGUGUAGCCUAAAUCAUAUCAAUUGUUAAAGAUGAGACAAUUAAUUGAACACUGUUUAUUAACUAAAUUUAUUCUCAGGAGAUUAAUUUAUUAUUUUCUGCCA